AUGUUUUUACUAGAUUCGAAUUCUGCACAUUUAACGUUUACUACAAGCCAGUCAGGGAAUGAGCAAUGCAGAAACAAGCAACAAUCGUUUGUUAACCCAUACACAAUGACCAUACUGUGUGAUCUGACGCUUGAAGUGAGCGAAGUUAAAAUCACGGGAACCAGCGUCAGAUCGGUGUGUUCAAUUUACGUUAGCGGAGGUAAGAUAUUGUCAACUUUUAGAAAGAGCAGUUGAGUUUUUCAAAGCUAAUAAUUUACAGAUAUUUAAAUAUAGCAAAUUAAAUUCAAAGAAAUUUAUUUUUGUUUUCAAUGAAUUUCAUGAUAUUUCUAAGUAAUUGAACAUUUUAUUCAAGGACAUUUUGCAUGAACGUUAGAAUCAUAAUCUAAUGCAGUGUUUAAUAACACACCAGAUCUAGAAGCUUAUUACGCUCUUAAUUAAUUAAAAAAUUAAAAAGAAAUGAGAUUCCCUCUGAGAUUUAAGUAAAUCUCAUUUUUAUUUUAAAAUUCUGAACCAGGUCUUCUGUUAAUAUUUUACAUUUUAUACUUUUUAUACUUUUUAUUUAAAACAUUAAUAUUUGGUAUAAAGAAUAAAUACAAUUUAUUUAUCAUAUAUCGAUCUCACUCUCUCUCUCUCUACCUCUGUAAACAUAUCUAUAUAUAUAUAGAUAUAUAUACAGAUAAAGAGAGAGAGAGAGAGAGAGAUAGAGAUUCAUAGAAGAUGAGAGAGAGAGAGAGAGAGAGAGAGAGAGAGAGGGAUAGAUAUAUUUUCAGUGAUCUCAAUUAAAACAUGCAGAUAGAAAUGUUUCCUUGAGGCAGACGACAAGUCAGUCAUCAAACUUUAGUGUGAACUCGCAGUCUCACAUGGCACUCGACCGUGAGACCAAUGGAAACUUUGCAUAUAUUUGUUAUAAAGAAUAA